CAGCCGCUUCGGGAUUCUGGAGUUCAUCAGCCUGGCAGUGGGGCUGGUGAGCAUCCGUGGGGUGGACUCCGGACUCUACCUCGGCAUGAACGAGCGAGGGGAGCUCUAUGGGUCGAAGAAGCUCACCCGGGAGUGCGUUUUCCGCGAGCAGUUCGAGGAGAACUGGUACAACACGUACGCGUCGACGCUCUACAAACACCCCGACUCCGAGCGCCAGUUCUACGUGGCCCUCAACAAGGACGGCUCCCCCCGCGAGGGCUACAGGACUAAGAGACACCAGAAAUUCACCCAUUUUUUGCCCCGGCCUGUGGACCCUGCCAAAAUCCCUGCCAUGUACAGAGACCUCUUCCACUACAGGUGAUGGUUCCUGCGCUCAGUGUACAUACCUGGGCUCCCGAGCUUUUUCCCAGAGCACUGUAUUAAUAGUCAUUCCAUCGUUCCUGUAAGCAUAGAUGACCUAGGGAAGCACUUACAUUGAAUUCAGACACUGCUCUUCCUCCUGGUUUGCAGCAUAUAUCAAACCUGGGUUAUUUAUGGGGCGGGGGCAGGGGAAGGGAGGGAACCCUACAUUUAAUCUUUCAUUCUCAUUCACCUUCGUUACCCGGUUGCUACAUGAGAGUCUGAAUAUUCAGUGUUACGGUUGCUUAAAGGAACAAGCAGGUGAGCAAACCUGAUCACCAGAGGGGG